ACGCGACUGAAGGCGCCCGACGUCACGAGCUUGAUCGGUCCGUUCCGGGGAAAGAUUCGGAAGUGUUGGGAAAAAGCUGAUGAUUUGGCUGGAUUCGGACCAACCAACCGACGCCUCCUGCACCACAACGCAUGUGUGUCACCAGUGCGCCAGACGGUAAUGUCUAAUUUUAGCACGUCGCUUGCGUUACACGAUCUGUUUAUUUUCGCCUACCGCAGUUCAGCGAAGGUUUCGUCGCGAAAAAAUGCUACGUCCUGCUCGCUUGCCGCACGUGCACGGACGUUGUUCCGGUGGGAGUAUGGUCGAUGGUGCUCGUUUCUUGCAGUACGAUUCGCGACACGAUCAAACACGGGUGCGCUGCUGUCGACUCUGUCCCCUGUAGAAGCGAUCUCGGCUGAGCGUGAUGGAACGCGUAGUGGAUAGUGUGUGCUGGGGAUCGGCAACAGCUGAUCGGCUAGAACCUGCAGUACGCUCGGGCAAGUGUUAUAUCUGUGGUGACCGGUUCACCUCUGAACCGGAGCUUGACCGACACCUGGACGAUCGGCAUGCGGCCGACCUGAUACCGUACCGUUGCGACAUUUGUGACAUCGGUCGAUGCUUACCGAUCCGUUCGAUGCGCGCUAUUAAUAAACACUUUGCCCUGCAUGAUGUGCACGAGCGGAUGCACCAGUGCAGCCACUGUACGCUACGCUUUCGCACCGAACGCAAUCUACGAUCGCACGUGCGGCUCUACCAUCGAGGCGGUGCGCACAAUGUGAAGGCUGCAAACCCGAAAGGCUCGGAAGACUCUCCAUCAACCCACCAGACGCUUCCAGUGUUGCCGGCAGCGGAACGUAGCGGGAGGGAUCGCUAUCAGUGUUGCCACUGUGGGACCACCUACACCACCGCGAAUGCACUGAAGCGCCACGAAAACACACACACCUUGGGGGUGCGAUACGCGUGCCAACAGUGUGGGAAAGUGUUUGCCAAGCUGGACUGUCUCACGCAGCACGAGCGCAUCCACAGCCAAACGCGCCCGUACGUCUGCGACCAGUGCCCGAAAACGUUCAUUCAGCUGGCCCAUCUACGCAUCCACAAGCGUGCACGGCACAGCGGAGAGCGGCCCCAUUUGUGUGGGAUAUGCAACCGGGGGUUUCGAUGCCGGACGGCACUGACCGUGCACGGGCGCAUUCACACCGGCGAGAAACCGUUCCGGUGCACGGUUUGCUCGGUGCAGUUUAGUGAUGCGGGUACGCUGCGAAAGCAUGGCGCUGUACAUCGGGAAAAGAAGUUGAAGGAUGGCACUGCCGUACAGUUGGCGAACACACAGCGGCAGAAAGCGGGAUGAAGCUAGUAGCGGUUGAGCGUGUGGUCAGUGGAAAAUGGAAAAGUCUCUUUGUAACUGGUUGUGAAAAAAUACAUGUGUUCUGAGAGCUGUG